AUGACUAAAGGCCAGCAUCAGCCAAAGUUUAAUUAUUUAGUAGGGGAAAACUCACCACUGUAUUUUCGCUUGACUUUCCCAGAGCGCCAAGCACCGUCUGAGAACUGGGAAGAGAGAGUGGAGACCUACAGGUCAGAUGAUGUGGGUGGAGCUCUUUUCUACAGAGUGGCUUCCGCUGAGAUACUGAAACUAGCAACACCCAGAGACAUUUCCCUCCCAGUCGUAAAGGAAGCCAGCAGCAGAGCCAGAAAUAAUAUUCAAAUUCUGGAUCCACUAGACCACAUCGCCUGUCUGACAAAUUACACGCUUACUUCCUGCUUCAGUUCUAAUAAGGUACCCACAAUGCUGGGUUCUCUGCCCAUUGGGAGCAAACAAGGGAACGUGCAGACACUGGACAGCAUACGAUGGAUGUCUGCAACCUUGUAUGCCGUCUCUACUGAAACAGCUUUUCCAACCCUGGGCACCUUUGUGAACACGGAAAAGAGUGUAAAGGGGUCAGAUGCAGACUUUACAAAAAGAAACCCAAGAUGGAGAUUCAUGUUCAGUUAUAUACUGCAGGAAGGGUUCAUAACAACAUAG